CUAGAAAAACGGUCUGGCACGAGAUAACGGGUGGGGAGAGACACGGAACCACGGGACGACCGAGCACCGGUUCCCGCAGAAACGGCCGAACAGACGAGCACAGACUGGCGGCGUGAAACGGCGGAGAGGACACGCAGCGUGAAGCCGUGCAUGUGGAGAGCGGUUUGUUGGCAGCCAACGAGCAAAGUAGCUAACCAUCGUUAGCCGAACUGGGUUAGCGGGCUAGCCAGCUUUUGUAAUCCGCCGGCCAGACACACACAUUGGUCCGCCGCGAACCAGGCCGAAACCGGAUUUCAAGUGAGGCCGUACAGCACCCGAAAGGACAAAGAAGGCACCGGCGGUGGCAGGAGGCUGGUUCUGGGGGCGAGGCCAAAGGACCAGACUCAAUGAGUUUCCAGCGAAAUGUCCGAGAAGUCAGGGCAGAGCACCAAGGCAAAGGAUGGCAAAACAAAGUAUGCAACCCUUAGCCUCUUCAACACCUAUAAAGGCAAAUCUCUGGAAACCCAGAAAACUGCAGUGGCUGCCAGACAUGGGCUCCAGAGUUUGGGCAAAGUUGCUGCGAGCCGGCGCAUGCCCCCUCCGGCCAACCUGCCCAGCCUGAAGGCAGAGAACAAGGGAAACGACCCCAACGUCAACAUUGUCCCCAAAGACGGUAGUGGCUGGGCAUCCCGAACUGAGGCUGGGGACGAGAGGCAACAGGAGACACCCCCACCUCCAAACAAACCAGCAGUGCUCCAGUCACAAGAGCUGUCUAUUGGGGGCAGCCGCUCCUGGGCAAACAGCAAGCAGACACAGCAAGACGGAUCUCCUCGUGUGAGCAGCCAUUUUCACCAGGAGUUUCCCAGCUUGCAGGCGGCUGGUGAGUUGGAGAAAGGGGACGGUCAGGAGGAGGAGCCUUAUGGACCAGGCCCCAGCCUCAGACCUCAAAAUGUUGGCAGUUGGCGUGAGGGCGGAGGCAGGAAUUUGAACACUGCACCCAGCCCUCCUGAGAUGGACAACAGGCCUCCGGAGGAGGGUAGCACGGGCCUUGGAACUUCCACACCACCUGGGGAAACUGAGGAGCCUGGCCGAACCAUAACCACUGACGGUCAGAGGGAGAAGAGGGAUGGCAGAGAGAGGUUGCCGCCUUCCGGCCCUCCUCAGCCGAAACUUAAUGGGGGCCAGCAGCCUCCUGCUGGGGUGCCAACUCACUUUGACCCUGCUUUCAGGAGCAUGAUGCCACCUUAUAUGUUCCACGCCUAUCCUCAAAUGUCUUUUGCCCCAGGACAAGGGAACUUCAGAUACCCUGUACCGCAAGAUGGAGCAAAGGGUCCACGCUCAGCACGACCCCAGCAACCACCUCCUCAGUCUUGGCUCCAAGACCCAGACAGACCCUCUAUCAUCAGUGCAACAGAACUAAAAGAGCUGGACAACUUGGACACUGAUGCUGAUGAGGGCUGGGCUGGAGCUCAGAUGGAGGUGGACUACACUGAGAAACUAAACUUCAGCGAUGAUGAGGAGAACCAAGCUGCUAAAGAAAAGGGCGAAAACUGGGAGUGGAUGGGUAAAGUGGAGCGUAUGAGAUCUCGGACAGCAGACAGUCAGGAGGGCUGGAAGGAGGGAUCUGAGGACCGUGCAGGCAGUAAAACCUCAUGGGCUGACAGUGUGGAUCCCAGAGCGCCAUCACCUGGCAGCAUGGGGCAGUACAAUAAAUCGGCUGCUACUCAGGACUACCAGGGUGGCAGUCGUUCUGUUAGCGGUGGAGCUCCCCGUGGGAGCAAACCACAGGCUACAGUGGCACCUGGGGCUGACGAGGACUCUGAUGCCUGGCGACAAAAACGCAAGAAGCCAUCUGAAGUUUCUGAGGCUGUAGAGCGAGCAAGACGGAGAAGAGAGGAGGAGGAACGACGGAUGGAAGAACAACGGCUUGCCGCUUGUGCUGAAAAACUCAAACGUCUCAACGAAAAACACCGCCAAGCAAAUGAGGGCAAACCUGCUUCUGCUCAGACGGCCAACGAUGAGGCAGGACCUGCCCUUGAGGAAGCCCCCUUACCAGCUCCUGCUCCAGCGCCCAGUCCUGUACCUUCAGUCCCAGUUUCACAAUCACCGGCCCCAAUCAUUCAAGCUCCUCUGUCUGAGAGGGUGGACCGAGACAGGGAUAGGAUUGAGCAUGAGAGAGAGCUAGUAGAGCCAAGUGCUGAGGAUGAGGUUCAUUUACCUCGUCAGCCCAGCCCUCCUGUCCAGAGACCUGUAGCUGUAGCUCCAGAGCCACAGAGCGAAGGAGAGUCAUCCCUGGCUGAGGUUGGUCCCCUGAUAGAGGAGAACCAGACUGAUAGGACCUCAGUGCCUAUCCGUGACUAUUUCAACAUAGAGGACAACAGAGUGGAUGAGCCCCACUUGUCUCUGCCACACAUGGAAACCCCUGGAGGGGAGGAAGUCCCUGUUGCACCCCCACAGCUAGAAGGAGAGGCAGCAGCUGCUAUGCGCCCCUCUCUAAUCUCAGGCUAUUCCAAACAGUUUCAAAAGUCUUUACCGCCUCGUUUCCUCAGACAGCAGGAGCAGAUGAAGCAGCAACAGUGGCAACAACAGCAACAGCAGAGCGGGGGCUCUGUGUCACCAUCAGGUGGUGGAAGUGUUCCAGCUACCCAACAGCAGCAACAGCAGCAGCAACAACAGCAACACCGCUCCAUGUAUCAACCUAUGGGGCCCCACCACCAGCACUUGGCCUCCAUGGGGUUUGACCCCCGCUGGCUCAUGAUGCAGUCUUACAUGGACCCCCGCAUGAUGUCAGGCCGCCCCCCCAUGGACAUGCCAGCUAACAUUCACCCUGGGAGGAUGCCUCCUAAGCAGAUUGUGCGCAGAGAGCCAGGUGACAACUCCAGCUCCAGCUCCGACUCAUUCGACCACUUGACCCGACCGAUUCGUGACCAUGGCCUGCCCUCAGACUCACGGAUGGUGUGGGGAUCAGACCCGUACCCCCAGUCAGAGCCGUUACCUUCUGUAACUCCUCCAAAAGGACGGGAUGAUAACAAAGAGCAAAGGAUGGACUCUGGUUUGGAUCUGGACAGGGGUCUUCCAGCUAUCUACCCCCAGGACCACGGUGCAUUGGACUCUCGUAAAAGUAAUUUCUUCCGGGACCCUUCAGAGUCCCUGUCAGCAUUUUCCCAGGGUCCAGAGGAUGCGCCGGGACCUCUCGACAGGGUCCCUGUUGGUUCAGCCUUUGAUCCUGAGGAGCCUGGCUUGCCAAGUGGGGAAGAGGUAGAAGCUCUUGGUCAAGCCAUGCUCCAACGGAGUGUCUCACAGGGCUCCAGCCACUCCCUUAAGCUGGAUGAGCCUCGGUUUGAUGGGUUACCUCUAGGAACAAAAUCUCUGGAGCUACAGGACACAGGGGAACGGGCUGAUGAUAAGCCACAAAAUGAACUCUACUCCCAGGCUGCAGUAACCAGCAACAGGGCUACACCUCCUGCUGAUGGAUUACACAAACAAGAGAAGCUGCCUCUGCCAGCCCCCAGCAAGCAGAAAGCUGAGCUGCGUUGGGGUGGGAGAUCAGGUGCUGGACGCAGAGAAGGACCAGGGGGAGAGAGACCAGUCCGCAGGUCUGGGCCAAUAAAGAAGCCAGUCCUGAGGGACAUGAAAGAAGAGAGGGAGCAAAGAGAGGAGAGGGAGAAACGUCAUGAGAGAGGGGAAAGAGGAGACAGGUCUAAAAAGGAUCAGUCAUCCAAAGCUCCUUCUGCAGCUGCUGCUGUGUCUGAGGGCUCCAGACCUCAGGGUGAGGGAAAAAGAGAAACUGCUGAGGCAGAGGAAAUACCGACUGCCCAUCAGAGGGCCAGAGACUCUCAGCCUUCCUCUGGGGUGCCCACCUCUUCUUCUCAGGAGGAGAAAGCUGACAAACCGCCCAGCAAUGACAAACAUCCAGAACCCAAACUGCCCUCUCGGAAAGAGUCCAACCUUCCUCCACGUGCCUACCGACGAGAGGAGAGAGAGAGGGAACGGGACCGGGAGCGGGACCGGGACCGUGAUCGGGAACGGGAACGGGACCGGGAACGGGAGCGGGACCGGGACCGGGACCGGGACCGGGAGAAGGAAAUGGACAAGGACAGAGAGAGAGAAUGGCCUGCUGACUCUAAUUUUAAAGGACGUGGUCGAGGAGAGUAUUACUCCAGAGGACGGAGCUACCGGGGUACUUACAGUGGCCGUGGGAGGGGGAGUCGUGGUCGAAGUCGGGCAGAAUACCCUUAUCGAGAGCCCCGAUCACGCUCCGAUUUACCUUCUGCUGGAGGUGCUGCUGCUUUUCGGAAUAGGGAAGAAAGCGAGACACGCAGUGAAAGCUCAGACUUUGAAGUUAUACCAAAACGCAGACGGCGCCGCGGUUCGGACACAGACUCUGAAAGUGAAGGUGGGAGGGAGUCUGCCAGUGACACUGGACCUUCAGACCGUGAGCCGAGCACCAAACCUAGCCGUCCAUUGAGAAGAGAGCUCCCUGGGGAGGGCCGAUCGGGGCCCCACAAGCCAGGCUUUGGACCUCCUCACAUGGGAGAAAAGGUUGGAUCAAGAGGGGACGAUGAAAGCCGGCCCAAGCCAGGAUUCCUUCCUAAAGGAGAGCCUUCUCGGCGAGGAAGAGGAGGAUUAUACAGUAGACGAGGUGGAGCAAGGGAACGUGGAGGUCCUCGCUCAGCCCCUCUUAGACGGCCUGCAGCCAGAGAUUCCUCCUCUCAGUGGCCCUCUAAACCCAUGGAGACAUUCAGGCCGGAGGACACAGAGUCCGCACCAAGAUAUGACAAUCCUCCCUCUGACAGACGACCACCUAAAUCAGAUGGCAAGAAAUUUGGGGACGGGGGUCCUCAGAGUAGCAGAGAAAGGCCUCGUCGAUCCAGACCAGCACGGCCCCCAAGGCAAGACAAACCCCCUCGCUUUAGGCGCUUGAAAGAGCGUGAGGCUGCAGUGUUGGCUAGUGGAGAGACAGCCCCAAGUCCCCCUGUUCCUUUACCCUCAGUGCCUGCUGCUGCUGUCCCCAGUUCUGCACCUGCCUCAGUCUCCCUCUCCCCAACCUUGUCCAGAGCUCCAGGAACCCCUUUAACUGUGCCUGCGGAAGUUGCAGCCACUCUACCUGCCCCCGACCUGCCCUCUCCUUUAGAAGCACCUCUACCUGAGACCAGCAGUCCCACCAUCACUGCAGUCGGUACCAAGUCCCCUGACCUGUCAAACCAGAACUCUUCAGAUCAAGCCAAUGAGGAAUGGGAAACUGCCUCAGAGAGCAGCGACUUCAAUGAGAGGAGAGAGCGAGAAGAGAGGAAAGGCGCGCUGGAGGCUGCAAAUGAAGCAGCCACAGCUUCUGCUCCAGUGCCUGCACCCCCCCAGGGCUCUUUGACUCCCAGUAAAAGCCCACCUGAUGGAGGAGUAACUCCAAAACGUGAAGGAGCUCCUGCAGCCAAGAGGAGUUUCUCGAGUCAGAGGCCUACAGAGAGACAGAAUCGUAGAGGCAACAGUGGAGCCAAACCAGGUCGCAGCUACACAGGGGGCAAAGGAGAGAGGAGAGGAGGGGCCAAAACCGGCCGCAAAGGCCCCGCAGCUCAACAGAAUUUGGAGGCAGCAGCACCAGCAGCUGGAGGAGCAGCCCAGAGGUCUACGAAAGAGCAGUCUGCCCGUCGCAAAGAUGAGGCCAAACAAGCCACCAAGAAGCCCAAGGAGAACGCUCUUUCUCAGUUUGACCUCAACAAUUAUGCCAGUGUUGUGAUUAUUGAUGACCACCCAGAAGUCACCACCACAGAGGACCCGCAGUCCAGCGCCAAUGAUGAUGGCUUUACAGAGGUCGUCUCUCGCAAGCAACAGAAACGCCUGCAGGAUGAAGAGAAACGGAAAAAGGAAGAGCAGACUACUCAGAACUGGGGUAAAAAAGGCUCAGGUGAGAAGAGCAGAGGAGGAGGAGGAAAGCUGCCACCAAGAUUUGCUAAAAAACAGUCUUCGCAGCAGCAACAGCAGCAGCAGCAACAACAACAACAGCAGCAACAACAACAGCAGCAGCAGCAGCAACAACAACAACAACAACAACAACAACAGCAGCAGCAGCAACCGCAACCACAACCACAACCACAACCGCAACAACAGCCCUCACAGGCUCAGCCUCCUGUAGCCUCUGCCCCUCAGGCCCAACAGCCGCCUCCCAUUUCUGCUGCCCCGCAUCCUCACCUUGCCCCCUCCCAGCCUGCUGCAGCGCCUCAGACACUGGAAGGAACAGUGGCUCCUCUGCCCGCCAUCCCCCCUGCUGCUGUCGACUUCACCUCAAAGACGCUACCACCUGCACCGACACAGACGCACAGCACUCUGGGUACAGAACUGUGGGAGAACAAGGUAGCAGGCUCCACUGUCCUUCCUGAAGUCAAGAAGCUUGGUCCAAUCAGCCCUCCCCAGCCACCUUCUGUGAGUGCCUGGAACAAACCUCUUACCUCCUUUACUGGCACUGUCUCCUCUGAGGGUGUGAAACCUGGAGCUGAGGGCAGUGUCGAAUUGGGAAUAGACAGUAUUCAGUUUGGAGCACCAUCAUCGGCAGGCAGCACUGACAGUGAUGGAGUUCCCGCAUUGCUAGAAAGUGGCUCUGAAAACAAACUACCUGCUCCCAAAGAACAGAGACAAAAACAACCUCGAGCUGGCCCAAUCAAAACACAGAAGCUCCCUGAGAUGGAGCCAGUGGAAACCAAGGAGUACAAGCCAGGUCCCAUUGGUAAAGAGCGCUCUCUGAAAAACCGUAAGGCCAAAGAUGCACGUGGAGGAGAAGGCGAAGGGAUGGAGGCAGGAGUACCAGGAGGAGGCGUCAGCAGAACCACAGACUCCAGUCCUCCCACUAGUGAUACUACAGUACCUGAACUGGGAGGAGACAUCGAGGGCAUGAUCACAGUCCCCUCAGCUGAGUACAACAGUAACUCAAAGGAAUCUGUCACUGACUAUACCACCCCGUCCUCCUCACUGGCUGACAGUGUUCCUACAGGAGGGAACAAAAUGGAAGAGAGUUUGGUGGCCAAUGUUGCGCUACCUCACUCGUUGCCUCUUCCUCGCCGAGAAACUCUGCAGCAGAGCUCCAGCCUCAGCACUGUAUCUCCUGCUACUGUUGACCUAACACUAAAGAUGGAAUCGGCACGUAAAGCAUGGGAGAACUCCCCGAGUCUGGAGAAGAAUUCUCCAGUCACCUCCUCUUCCUCCCCCAUCACCUCCUGUGCUUCCUCUUACUCCUCCUUCUCCUCAGCCUCCAUGCCACAGAUCCCUGUGGCUUCUGUUACCCCCAGCACCUCACUGUCAGGUUCUGGUACUUACACAACAUCAUCCCUCAGCACCAAGACCACCACAGCCUCUGACCCUCCUAACAUCUGUAAGGUGAAGCCCCAGCAGCUGCAAGGUGGAAGCCUGUCAUCCUCCAGCAGCAGCAGUAGUAGCAGCAGCUUCUCUCAGCUCGGCUGUGUGCCUCCCCUCCUCCCCCAGCAGCAGCAGACCCCACAGGUGUACGUCUCCCAGUCUGCAGCAGGUUCUGCAGCUCAGAUUCCAGCCUUCUACAUGGACACUAGUCACCUCUUCAGCACCCCUCAUCCUCGAUUGGCUCCUCCCUCCUUGGCACAGCAGCAAGGCUUCCAGCCCGGCCUCUCACAGCCGACAGCAGUGCAGCAGAUUCCCAUCCCUAUUUAUGCUCCACUGCAAGGUCAGCCUCAGCACCAACACACGCACCAGGCUCAGCUUGGACUCAGCACUGGUCCUCCAGUAUCACAACCACAGGACCUGUUCAGCUCCUCACUGCAGCCUUACAGGUCUCAGCAGGCGUUCAUGCAGAGCAGCUUGUCACAGCCCUCCAUGAUGCUGUCAGGACCAUCUUUGCACAGCUAUCCCGGCGUGCAGGCCCCUGAGCUCGGCAAGCCUCAGUCCAAUCUGGCCUAUCAGCAACCCUCCUCCACCCAACACAUUCCCAUUCUGUUUGAGCCGCAGCUCAACCAGCCCUCUGGCAUGGGAGGGUCCCAGCUCAUUGAUACCCACCUGCUGCAGGCUCGACAGGGGAUGAAUCAGCAUUCAAACAUGUACUCAGGGCAGGUGCAACAACAUGGUCAGAGCAGCUACUACAGCAACACUCAGUCGCCAAGUUCUGCAAUGCAACAGGUGACGGUCCCUCUGCCUGGUUCCCAGUUGUCCCUGCCCAACUUUGGUUCGGGUGGAGGUCAGGCUCUCUUGGCGCUGCCUCCCACGCCUCCUCAAGCUCAGCCCCCCAACAUCAGCCGACAGCCUCCAGUGUCUCAGCCGUACCGAGGCAUCAUGGGCCCUAACCACAACAUGAUGCAGCCUCCCACCAGCAAGAUGGACAUGGAUCUGAAACUGUUUGGCAGUGGAAUGGAUGUGAAGCCUGGAACCCCUCCUGUCAGCGGCCGCAGCACUACACCCACCUCCAGCCCUUACAGGGCCAGUUCCACCUCUCCAAGCAGCCAGUCCAGUAAGAUGAACAGCAUGCUCUACCAGAAGCAGUUUCAGCCCAGCUCCGCUGGCAUGAGAAUGACACAGCACUUCCCUGGCCAGUUCAACCCACAGAUUCUGUCUCAGCCCAGCAUUGUCUCUCCUCUGGUUCGCCCUCCUCACGCUAACUCCUUUGCUGGAGGUGUCCAGCGUUCUCCGAUGGGCCCCCCAAUGUCGCCCAAUGUGGGUGGUGGUCUCAUGCCUCAUCCCCGACCCCAGCACCCACAGCACCCACAGCACAGCCAGCACCCUCCCCGGGGACCCUCUGGUCCCUCUCUCGCACCCAGAGGCACGCAGGCAGCUCUGAAGGCUGAACAGGACCUAAAGGCAAAGCAGCGGGCUGAGGUGCUCCAGUCCACUCAUAAGUUCUUCUCAGAGCAGCAACAGCAACAGCAGCAGCAACAGCUGAAGGCCCCGCAGGUCAGCAAAGCACCUCGACUUGAUCAAGGAGGAAAACCUCCAGUCGACACCUCAGCUCCAAACCACCAAGCGGUAGUCGAACGCCCAGAUUCUGACAAACCCCCCGUCUCCACGGCCAAGCCCAUACGGACUGGCCCCAUAAAGCCGCAGGCCAUAAAGCCAGAAGAGGGCAAGUAAAGAUCUUCCGACCCUCUUCAGAUGACGACAUGAAUGGAUGGAGGAGAGGAAGAGAGAAUCUUGCCCCAUUCACUCAGCCACCACCUCAUAUCAGCCCUGGAGGACAGCGUGGGGGAGGAGGUUGAAUUGGGUGGAGAUUCAGAUGGUUGUGGUUACUGACAGUAGCCACUGUCAUGCGUAAACAUAAUCCUCUUCCUCUUCUUUCUUCCCCUGUCUUGUCCCACUGUAGGUGGGGGCAUUUGAGUUGGAUUCUUCCAUCAUAUUUAGAUGCCGAUAAAGUUGCUGCACAAGUUGUUCCAUAGAAAUCUACUGCGACGGUAGAUAAGAGGAGAGCUGGAGAGCGAAAAUCGAGAUUUGCUGCUGAGUUUGCCAUUUUUAUAGCUCUUCGUUUCUGUUCCUUUUUAAUUAUUUUUUUCCCAAAUAGGAUCACACAUAUUAUAGGAGAAACCUGUUUUGUUAACGAAAGAAUGAAUCGGAUUUGUUUUUGUAGGCAAAACAAUCUUAAGGAGAUGUCAUUUAGUGAAGCACACUUUCUGUUGCCCAAUCUCCCAUUAUAACUAAUCCAGAGAUCUGUGCACAAGCGCACACACUCACUCAACGGUUUGAUCCAAUUACUGCACGGAGAAUUGAAAUCUAAAAUUUUGUUGUCAUUUUUUUUUGUUUGUUUUACCAGAAUGGAAAUGUGAAAAAUUGCAGCAUUUGAUUGACUUUAAUGAUUGAUUUGAUUCGGCUGCCUGUGAGCCUUUGCUCCUGCCUUCUGCUCUCAUCUCCUUGCCUGAGAAAUACUGAUGUGUUGGGGUGUGUGUGUGUGUGUGUGUGUGUGUGUGUGUGUUGGGUGUGUGCUCGUGGUAUAAACAGGGGGGAAAAGCUUGUAGCUGGACUCUCCUGUAUAUUUAGCCAAAGGUUAAAGCAGCGCAGAGAUGAUGUCACAGCCUUUUAGGAUCAUGUUGCCACAGCAGCAGGGUUUUGAGCGGACUUUAAAGGAUUACAUGGAUGAUGUAUGAUCACUACGUACAGGUGUUCCAGCACAGGGGGCUACUGUCACACACCCUUUCACUGCUUUCACACCCAUCCUUGCUGUCACACAAACACACAUGUACACACUUCACUGUAAAGCACCCAGACCUGCUGCUAUUGACUGAUUUCAGUGCCCUUAGCUAGACUAUGGCAGGAUAGGGCUGUUUAGAGGAAUAGACACGGUGAGUUUGAUUGUUGAAACAGUAGAAAAACUUUUGAGUGUGUAUGUCGUCCUUCACGGCGAGGGGGAUCAGGAACAGGACGGAGAACAAGGAAAAUGAAAUGAGAAGCCUCAACUUCUGAAGCGUUUGGGCAGAAGGACACUUAUUGUUUUGUUGUCUUUACUGAUGAGAGCAAUCAGUGCUGUUUUUCUGUCUCUGCCUCACCUCCGCUGGCUGUCCCACCCACAAUGCUCUCAUCUUGGGGUUGUGGCGACAAGGGUCCUUCAGAAAUGUACAGUAGUAUGCACCCUGAGGUGGUGAGGGAGUCCUCCUCACAUCUACCUUGCUUUGGAGGAUGGAUGAGGGAGGGAGGGUAAUGACUUUUUUUCUUUUUCUUUUUUUUUUUUUGUUUCUUUUUUUUGUUUUUGUUUUUUUUUUGUUGUACUUGUACAGGGGUUUCAUCGCUGUAUUAAAAUAUGUACGGUCUUAUUUACAUUCUCUUGGUUUGGUUACAGAAACUAAUAAAAAUAAUAUACUGUUGA